AUGUCCGAAGACCGCCUCUGGAAGUUCCGCAGGCCAGAAUGGCUCAACAGCGCCUGGGCCCGCAACGCAGGCGUAUACGGCGCUGGUGGUCUGUUCUCCCUCGCCUUCUACACACUCCUCGACUCGGCCGUGUGGUCCAAAUCCGCGCUCAACAGCUCCACCCUGCACGUGACCUUUGUCGACUGGCUGCCCUUCCUCUUCUCGUCGCUGGGCAUGCUCAUCAUCAACAGCGUCGAGAAGGCCCGCCUGUCGGCCGACUCGUUCAGCUACUCGGGCUCGGGCGUCGCCUGGAAGGCCCGCGUCGUGCUGUUCCUGGGCUUCGCGGCGCUGGCGGGGGGGAUGGCGGGCGGGGUGACGGUGUUUGUGCUCAAGUUUGUGGUGCCUGGGGUCGCGUUUCCGGCGAUGACGAUGGGGGUGGAGAAUUUGGUUGCUAAUGCGUUAGUGGGGUUGAGCUCGGUGGUUUUGUGGAUCAGCCAAAAUAUGGAGGACGAGUAUUCGUAUAACCUCUCUCUGUGA